AUGGUGGCCAGCAGGGAUGUCCACGUGCCCAAGCACCCGGAGCCGGCAGACAAGAACGUGCCCAACUUUCAUGACACGAAGGCCGUGCAGUCUCUCAAGUUCCGAGGCUACCUGAAGGAACCAUUUGCCUGGGGACAUGUCUGCUGGUGCCUUACCAAUGAGGGCAUCCAGUAUCCCUGUGACUACCUUCAUCUGCCCCUGGAGAUCAUGCCUGCCACCCUAUGCCACAGCCGUCCAGAGACUGGCAGGCCUCGGCCUAAAGCUCUGGAGGUGAGUGACCUGCAAGACUCAAGAGGGGAAGCCGACAGAGGUACCUGCAGGCAGAGUGCCAUUCCCCCUGGAGCCGACAAGAAAGCCGAGGCUGGGGCUGGGUCAGCAACCGAAUUUCAGUUUAGAGGUGGAUUUGGUUAUGGACAAGGUCAGCCACCUCAAUAA